AUGGGAGCUAAAAAACAAAGAAUUAUCAAUUGUGUUUCACAAUUACCAUAUAAGAUUACAUUAGACGAAUCUUCAGAUGAAUGGAUAAUUAAUCCUGCUACUGGUAAUAGUGCUUUAUAUUCAUCAUUAGAUUAUUUACAAGAUUCUGAUGAAUAUGAACAAAUUGUUGUUGGAUGGACAGGUGAAAUUUCAAAAAAAAAUCUUACAAAAGCUGAAUUACUUAAGAGACAAUUAAAAGAUGAAAAAUUAGCAUCAAGUAUUCCUAAAGAUAAUAAAAAUGAAUCAGCGUCAUCAAAUAAUGAUGAUGAAGAUAAGACUACUAAUGGUCAUGGCAAUGGUCCAGAUGAAGAUAAAUUAUAUGUUACAAAUGAACAAAUGGAUAAUUUAAAGACAAAAAUUAAUAAAAAUUAUAAUCCUGUUUGGUUAUUAAGAAGCAGAAAUCAAAGUAGAUGGAGAAAUUAUGCUGAAAAUAUUAUUUGGCCAUUAUUUCAUUAUAUUUUAAAUCCAUCUACAGAAGUAGAGUUAGAUUCUGAUGGAUCCGAUGCAAAUAAUUCAUGGUAUGAUUAUGUGAAAUUUAAUGAAGCAUAUGCAAUGAAAAUUGGUGAAAUAUAUCAACCAGGUGAUAUUAUUUGGAUUCAUGAUUAUUAUUUAUUAUUACUUCCACAAUUAUUAAGAAUGAAAUUUAAUUCAGAAUCGGGUAAUAAUUUAGUAAUUGGUUAUUUCCAUCAUGCUCCAUGGCCAAGUUAUGAAUAUUUCCGUUGUUUACCAAGAAGAAAAGAAAUUUUGGAUGGUUUAGUAGGUGCUGAUAGACUUUCUUUCCAAAAUGAACAAUUCAGUAGACAUUUUGUAUCAAGUUGUAAAAGAUUAUUGGAUUCUACUUCAAAGAAAGUUAAAAAUGAUAGAGGUAAAGAUCAGUAUAAUAUGUCAGUCUAUGGUGGUGAUCUAAUUGUAGAUUCAUCUCCGAUUGGUGUUGAUACCGAUAAAAUUGUAGCCGAAGCAUUCGCACCAGAUGUUGAUGCCAAAGUAGAUGCAAUUAGACAAGCUUAUCAAGGGAAAAAAAUUAUUAUCGGAAGAGAUCGUUUCGAUCCAGUUCGUGGUAUUAUUCAAAAGUUGAGGGCCUUUGAGACAUUUUUAGCAAUGUAUCCAGAAUGGAGAGAACAAGUUGUCUUAAUUCAAGUUAGUUCUCCAACUAUGAAUAGAGAUUCUCCACAAAAUAUUAGAUUAGAGCAACAAGUCAAUGAAUUGGUAAAUUCUAUUAAUUCUCAAUACGGUAAUUUGAAUUUUGCUCCUGUUCAACAUUAUUAUAUGAGAAUUCCAAAGGAUGUAUAUUUUUCUCUAUUGAGAGCUGCUAAUCUAUGUUUAAUUACUAGUGUUAGAGACGGUAUGAAUACAACUGCUUUAGAAUAUGUUACAAUCAAAUCUCAUGAUUCGAAUUCUUCAUGUUAUGGUAUGCCAUUAAUAUUGAGUGAAUUUAGUGGUAGUAGUUCUGUUCUUAAGGAUGCGAUUAUUGUUAAUCCUUGGGAUUCAGUUGCUGUUGCAAAAUCUAUUAACAAUGCAUUCAAUUUGACUAAAUCUCAAAGAGAUACUUUACAAGAAAAGACAUGGGGUGAAGUACCAUCCAUUAAAUCAUGGACUGAUAUGUAUCUGGAUCAAAUGGUUGAAGUCAGUAAACAAUCCGAAUCACAAGAUCGUAAGAAAACACCAGCAUUAAAUAGACCUGUCUUAUUAGAAAAUUACAAGGCCGCAAAUCGUCGUUUAUUCUUAUUUGAUUAUGAUGGUACAUUGACACCAAUUGUGAAGGAUCCAGCUGCUGCCAUCCCAACAGCAAGAUUAUACACAAUUAUGGAAAAAUUAUCUCAAGAUCCAAAGAAUCAAAUAUGGAUUAUUUCAGGUCGUGAUCAAGUAUUCUUAAAUAAAUGGUGGGGUUCUAAAAAUAAACAGAUUGGUUUAAGUGCGGAACAUGGUUGUUUUGUUAAAGAUAUUAGUACACCUGAAUGGGUUAAUUUGGCUAAGAAAUUUGAUAUGUCAUGGCAAGUACGUGUUAAUAAAGUAAUGGAAGACUUAACUAAUAAAACACCAGGUUCAUUUAUUGAACGUAAAGAAGUUGCAUUAACAUGGCAUUAUAGAGCUACAGUUCCUGAACUGGGUGAUUAUAAUGCAGCAGAAUUAAAGAAACAACUAUUAGAAUUUACUGAAGAUUUUGAUUUAGAUGUUAUGGAGGGUAAAAAAAAUAUUGAAGUACGUCCAAAAUUUGUCAAUAAAGGUGAAAUUGUUAAGAGACUUGUAUGGCAUAAAUAUGGUACACCACAAGAUUUAUUAAAACCAUUAGAUCAACAAUUACCAAUUGAUGAAAUGCCAGAUUUUAUCUUAUGUCUUGGUGAUGAUUUUACAGAUGAAGAUAUGUUCAGACAAUUAAAUUCAAUUGAAACAUGUUGGAGUGAAGAAUAUAAUGAUAAACGUAAUAGAUGGGGUAAUUUUGGAUUUUAUCCUGUAACAGUUGGAUCAGCUGCAAAAGUUACAGUAGCUAAAGCGCAUCUUACAGAUCCACAACAGGUAUUGGAUACAUUAGGUUUACUUGUUGGUAACGUUUCAUUAUUUCAAAGUGCAGGUACAGUUGAUCUUGAUACAAGAGGUCAUGUUAAAGAUAGUUUAAGUAGUAAAAAAUCUCAAGCUGCUUCCGUUGCAUAUACUUUGAAAAGAACAGGAUCUUCAACAAGUAUCAAUAAGAAAUGA